AUGGCACGACCCUCUAACGACCAUAUUGAUUUCGACCUUAUCGAAAACCAGAAAGAAAAUAUCCAGGCACUGCCCAGUGGAAGGUCGGCGAAGGCGCUGGCGGCGGUGUUUUCCCCUCGACCAUUGAACCAGAGCACACAGUCAUCGGAAUUAGAUGAAACGAGGACGCUGAACGAUGCUGUGCGACGUGAAUAUGAGGCCGAGCUGGAUUCUAUUGCAGAAUCAGACGAUCCUCUCGACAUAUACGACCGAUAUGUGAAAUGGACACUGGAUGCAUAUCCUUCUGCUCAAGCAACUUCGCAGUCGGGGCUGCUCCCACUUCUAGAACGUGCAACGAAUGCAUUUCUAAGUUCGACACACUACAAGAAUGACCCAAGAUAUUUACGGCUCUGGUUGCAUUAUAUACAGCUUUUCUCAGAUUCUCCAAGAGAGACGUUUGCCUUUUUAGCGAGACAUGGGGUUGGUGCGCAGUUGGCGCUGUUUUAUGAAGAAUUUGCGUCAUGGCUAGAGCGUGAUGGAAGAAUAGCACAAGCGGAAGAAGUGUAUAAGAUGGGCAUCGAAAAGGAAGCCAGGCCGAUCGAACGACUUUUUAGGAAAUUUGGGGAAUUCCAGAAACGAGCGGAACAAAGACCGAGCGACUCUGAUGGCCCUUCAUCUCCUGCUCUUCCCAAGCUACGGCCGGCCUUAGCAGCGAAAUUUGACCCCUUUGCAUCAUCUGCGGCGAGUCAAGACCCUCAGGCUGCAACCCCGAGUAGUGGGCUUGGCGGCGGAGCCACGGCCAACAGAACCCGCAGCGGUAAGCCAAAGAUGGCCAUCUUCUCCGACGCAGACGGAGGAGCUGAAGCCGCCAAAGCGAGCUCUAGUCCAGGUACUGGAGGUUGGGACAGUAUUGGGUCAUUGAAGGAUCGCAGGAAAGAGAAUACCAUUGAGCCAACUCCGUGGGCUGGACAGACUUUGAAGGCUGGGAAGAAGCCCACAGCCGUCCAGAAGAUGACUGUGUUUAAAGACGAGUCGUCAAACAUACGCCAUAGCUCAAAAUCAAUGCAAACCACCAAUGUUUCGCGAAAUAAUAAUGAAAGAGUCGACCCCCGAACUGGAAAAAUUGAACGUGUUGUUGUUAACCUUGAAGCUAUAUACCCCGACCCCCAUAACCCAGCGGUUGAGAUGAGUCUUGAUGAGCUCAGAGCAAUCAGUCGUGGCUGGAUGAGUAAAGACUGGUCAAAACAAAGGAAAAAGCCACUAAGGGAGAUACCGCAAAAUGAGAUCACAAGCAAAGAACUGCAAAUGAAUGAGAAUGGUCAUAGCUCAGAUAAGCAUCUAUCUAUGGCUAUGCAAGAGAAGCUCCAGAUCCAUGAUGAGGCUGGUCGAGACCACAAACUAGUAAAAGGCAAGAAAUUAAAGGUGAAAGAAAUCAAAGGGGAGACACAAAUAGUUAAAACUAAUCUUGAUUCGCCUACUGGACCAAGGAUCAAAAAGAGAGGGUCUACUGAGCCUACAAUGACAUUUCACACUAAGGCAGCUACAGAUGAAAUAUAUGGUAUCUUUAAUCAACCAUUAAAGUCUGAGCUUCAGCUUGCUAAAGACGUAGACAGUGUUUAUGGCAGUGACUAUGAAGAUGAUGACUAUACUAGUGUGGGAGAAAUCACUACUACUAGCGGUAUCUCUGCGCCAGGCAGUGAAUUUGGAGAUGAUGAAACCAAUACAUUUGAAGCAACUAGAGCUAGUAUAGGAGCAGACAGACUAAGGGACCAAACAGAAGGGGAUAUCACCAGUGUCAGUGCAUGGACUGAGUUCUCUCCUGAAGAGCACAUACCAAGGGCCGGAACAAGAACACCCAGAGAUGGAGAGGACGCUGAAAACUCUGACAGUCUGGGAACAAUGCCUACUCCUCGGCGAGGAGAUCGCAUCGUUCACCAGGAUGAAAAUUUUGUCCUUGUACCACCAGAAGACUACAAUCCCCCUAGGGGUCCUUACAGAGAUGCUUUUGUGGCCGCUCAAAACCGACUCCCUUUUAUGACACCAAUUGUUGAGCACACUGAAACCUCCCUCGCCUCGACGAUGUUCAAAAACAAGCACUAUAUGAGCUCAAAAACUCCAUCCAAGGGCUCCAAACCUCUGUUCUCCGCAGCGACUCCAGCCAUUCCGGAGAUAGACGAUCUGAUUUUUGCAGGCCAGGACGACACAGAGUUUGACGUCCUUGGGGAAGAAUCGCCCAGCAAGAUGGCUGGCAGGGCCCGAUCGCCUCGAAACCUGUUGAAACGAGGCGGCCUUAUCGAGCCUCGUGUGAUAAUAGAGGACCCCCAAUGCAACCCCAUCGAUGCUACCAUACGGAACAAGAUUCUUAAUGGGCUUCAGCCUUCUUUGCGAGCCUACCCUGGCUAUAAUGAUCACACAGCUCAUAUUGGUGGAAAUGGGCCCGAAAUCAAGAAGUACCUGAAAGCUUUGGCAAAACCAUCCAAAGCAAACGGAGGCGAGAAACAGUUUGCCAUACCACCGAUCAUCUGCCUUUCAGGGGCAGCAAGAAGCUAUGCUGUGAAACGAGAACUUGGAGAAGGGGGUUUUGCUCCUGUCUAUCUUGCUGAAAGUAUUGACUCCCCCGAUACUUUCUCAGAUUCGGAGCAGGAGAACCUUCCAAACACUAAAAGCUCUCAUUGGGCCGGCGGAAACGCUUCAGUUCUCAGGGACUUAGAACGAAAGUCUCUUGAAGCCCUCAAGGUUGAGUCAGACCCGGCAUCCCCUUGGGAAUACUAUAUGCUUUCAACCGCCAGAAACAGAAUCGAGAACUCGUCCUACUACCGCCGGGCAAAGGAUAGCAUUGUUCAAUGCUAUGAAAUGCACAUGUUCAAGGAUGAGUCAAUCCUGGUGGAAGACUACUUAAACCAGGGCACUUUGCUCGACCUCAUCAACAUCAAAACAGAAUCCGCCGGCCCAGUAACACCCUCAGACCAGGGACUGGAAGAAGUUGUGAUUAUGUUCUUUGCGGCAGAAUUAUUCCGUACGGUUGAGGCGCUCCACUCUUGUGGGAUUCUUCAUGGAGACCUUAAACCGGACAACUGCCUGGUUCGACUUCCAGAGCCAGCUUCUGCAGCCACAAUCCCUACCCCUCGAAGUGGCUCCCUGCUGGGAGGCGACGAGGGUUUCCGCCCUGAGGACGGAAGUGCCGAGUACUCCCCGUCUGGGCUUUACGGGUGGAAGAACAGAGGGCUAACGCUGAUAGACUUUGGUAGAGCGAUUGACAUGUGUGUUUUUAAACCAGAGGUUCAGUUUAUUGCCGACUGGAAGGUGGGCCAGCACGAGUGUGUCGAGAUGCGCGAGUGCCGGCCUUGGACGUAUCAGGUCGACCUAUACGGCCUGGCUGGAACAAUCUACGUUAUGCUGUUUGGGAAAUACAUGGAGGUGUCCCAAGUGACCGAAAGAACAAGCAAUGGGCCAGGAUCUCCCAGCCUUGGAAACGAGCGAGGCUUAGGGGCACACAAGACGUACAGAAUCAAGGAGUCUCUGAAACGAUACUGGGAGCGGGAGAUCUGGUCAGAAGUGUUUGACUUGCUACUCAACCCUUUGAGCCCGAGAUGGGUGGAGAUCGAACAAAAUGCUCGAGAGAAGGCGUCACCUGUCUCUGGAGAUACCGACAAACAGCCUGCUUUUCCCGUUGGUCAUCUUGAUAACCUGGAGAAGUUGAUUGCCCGCAAACGGGGGAAGAGAGAUGCCUGA